GCUCCGACGUUACCUGAUCCUCCAAGUUAUCACGCACGCAAUUUCAAUCCCGCGAAUUCCUGGAUCGGGCACUGAGCAGUCUAACAAACGCCUUGGGCACAAAUUCACCCUUUCGUCCAGAAUCCCUCUUGGUUCAGUUUUUGAAUUUUAUUUUUUUCCAGAUUUUAUCGAAUUUGAAACUAGGGUUUUUGUAUUAAAAAAUUAGUAAGAAAUCGGCGAUGGGCGAAUUAAAGAUGGAGGAGAUGUCGCUUCCAGUUCUGUUCGAACAGGCUCGAAAAAUUCACCAAGCCGCAUCUGAAUUAUCCGUCGUUCAGGAGACGGUGAAGAAAGGUUGCGACUUGUUGAGGCAAUGCGAGGAUAUGAUUGAAAAGCUAGGCUUAUUUUCGUCAAAUGAGACUAAGGAUGAUAUUAGCACUACCAAUCUCAAAUAUCUUCUGGUGCCAUAUUAUCUUGGUGAAUUAAUGGAGAAAAUUGCACAAGAGGACAGGAUUCAAAUUCUUAUGGCUUCACAGGCCAAGUUGAAGGAAUUUGUCUCAUUUUGUGAGGAGAUGGAUCUUGUUCCCGAAGAUGAAAUAGCAGCAUCUGCACAAUCAGGUGGUAAUUCGUUUGCAGAUCAGAGGGCUAGGAAGAUUGCUAGGUUCAAACGUCAAAAAGCUGCUGAGUCCAAAUUGCUAGAAAUUAAGGAGCGGAAGGAGCGCCGUGGACGAUCCACUAGAGCCUCUGCAUUAUCAACUCCAGUCGAGUCAGGGGAUGAAGAUCUGCUUGAUGAUGAUGGAGAAGAAGAAAGAGAGGCAUGGCUGGCUACCAUAUCCUUGUUGCUCUGUAAGGCUUUUGAUCUGUUGGAAAUGCUGAAGAAAGAGGAAGAGAUGCUUUCUGCUAUAAAAGAAAAGCAGUCACAGGAAGGGGACAUUGAAAUUUCACAACUUACACUUGAUGAACGCACCAAGAAAGCCGAGACCUGGCAUCGGAAUGCUGCAACACGAGCUCGAUAUACAAAACCUGCACCUCCAAUUACAUGUGCUACUUUUGCUCAAGAUGUUAUAGAGGGGAGAGCUAAUGUUUCGCAGGCUCACGAGCACAAGCACCAGCCCAUGAUUUUUGGACCAACAAGUCUUGUGGCAAAAAACCCAACAAGCGAACGGGAAAGAAUGGCAGCUCAGGUUUUCCAGCCUCAUUAUAGAUUACCAACAAUGAGCAUAGAGGAAGCUGGAUUGAAGGAGAUGGAAAUAAUGAAUAAAUGGCAAGAGAGGAAUAUGCAGCUUAUGGAAGAAGCCAACUCCUCAUGGUAUAAAGAUAACAGGAAAUCAAGGCCAGGUGAGGAGGAUGACGACGAAGACGAUGAUGGUGCCCAAGAGAAGGCAAGGGCGUGGGACGACUGGAAAGACGACAACCCUCGUGGUGCAGGUAACAAGAAGCUCACUCCAUGUGGCUAAUAGCAGACGGAUUGACCUACAUUAAUCUUCUUUUUCUUUGAACUUGCUAGAUUACUAUCAUGAAUUUAUCCGUGUCUUAUAUCCUUGUACCAGUUUUGCUGCAUGAUUAAAAACCAUUCCACUGUAUAGUAGCAACAGCUGAUGAUUGUAUGUUAAUUAUGUCAAAUAUGAAUCCCAAUUCGAACUCAGCACUGUUUAUCA